AUGCGGCCCAAGAGUAAUGAUUUCACCAGUUUUCAGUCAAAGAAAGAAUUUUUCUUGUCUCAAAUUAGAUCUGCACUUGAGAGAGAUCCCGGUCUCCCUCGAGCAAACCCUACAGUUUCCUCGUGGCAGGUACCCGAGUAUCCGCUGGCUUCCCAUCGAAGCCCUCAGUUACCAGAGUAUACUGACUAUGCUGUCAUCGGAUCUGGGAUUACUGGAUGCAGUGCUACCAAAGCUCUCCUGGAACACCCAGCAGCUGCCGGCGCUCAUGUAACGGUUCUUGAAGCACGAACUCUAGUCAGUGGAGCUACAGGCCGAAAUGGCGGACAUCUUGUUACCGCUUCUGGCCACACCUAUGGACCGCUACGAGAUAAGCAUGGCAGGGAAGCGGCUAAAGAAAUCACACGUUUUAGCAUCUUGAAUAUCGAACACUUGCUUAAUCUAGCCCUCAGUAUGGAUCCUGCUUUGCGAGAGGAUUGCCAGAUCCGCAAAGUCUUAAAGGUCAUGGCUGUUGGGGAUGAAGAGACUUGGAAGUCGGUAAAAAGAUCUGUCCUGGACUUUCAGCAAGCAGUGCCAGAAUACAGCACCUAUCACAGAAUUAUCGAGAAGGAGCACGUUGUUGAGAGAUGGAACAUCAAGAAUUCUUUCGGUGCUGUUGAGCACCAAGCUGGCGCCGUCUGGCCGUAUCGUCUCCUCAUGAGAAUAUACGAGCAAUUACUGGAGACACACCAUGAGCGACUGGCAAUCGAAACCAACACUCCAGUCACAUCCGUUAAAUUCUCCCCGGAUAGCGAGUCCGAAUACCGAUAUUUAAUUCAAACUCCACGGGGUGUUCUCCGUGCUAAGUAUGUCAUGCAUUGCACCAACGCAUAUGCCUCGCAUCUUUUGCCUCGUCUAAGGGGUAAGCUCUAUCCUUUCCGCGGGACCAUGACGGUGCAAGAACCUGGUCCUCUCCUCCCCAGGGUUGGUGACAGCAGGUCCUGGAGUCUUUCUCACGCCCCCAGUAUGGACCUACGCACCGGCCUAUAUACAACUGGUCUCUAUUAUCUUCAGCAAAAUGCUCUAACAGGGCAGAUAUGGAUAGGUAAUGAGACAGCAUAUCUGGAGAACAUUAUUACCUCUGAUGAUACCUAUGUACCAGACGAGGCAAAACACGCAUUAGAGACAGUUCUGCCAAGAUUAUUCUUCAAGGGUUGGAAGACAAACGAGGAAAAGUCAAAAAUAGCCGCGGCAUGGUCAGGGAUUCAGGGUCACACGGCGGAUGGACUGCCUAUCGUUGGUAGAGUGCCAGAAGGAAUGAGAGAGCAGCCUGGAGAUGACGGGCAGUGGAUUGCGGCAGGUUUUAAUGGAUAUGGUAUGGAUAAAUGCUGGUUGACUGGUGUGGCAUUGGUCGAGAUGAUGGUUAGUAGCCAAGUUCCAAGCUGGUUUCCGCAGAGCUUUCUCAUCACAAAGGAGCGGCUCGACAAGGGCUUGACAGUGGAAAGAUCUCAGAGUAACUUCGAGAACAUUCCUCAAGCAGGUCACCGGGAAUCUAGACUUUAA